AUCACACCCACGACAGCAUCAUGAAAGUACCACAGGCGGCUCCUCGAUUCCUUGCUGGCACAGGCAUCCGUAGACGGCACCGAUUUCACCUUUAAAACGCAGACAAGGCCAUCUAAGGAGCUUGCUGAUAGAUCUCAGGGAAAUCGGACAAAGCUUCGUCAAACAUGGGGAGCAUCCAAAAAGCCUUCAGGGCACUGAUAAUGGGAGCUCCGGGCUCCGGGAAGGGAACAAUUUCCGAAUGGAUUGUCAACGAUUUCAAUUUGAAGCAUUUAGCAGCCGGGGACCUCCUGCGGAAGAACAUCAAGGAUCAGACGGCGAUCGGGAAGGAGGUAUCCCAGUACAUAGAGAAAGGUCUCCUCGUCCCGGAUGAUCUCGUGACGAAGAUGAUUCUCGAAGAGCUUUCCACGAGUCUCCGAAACCAAUCUUACCUCCUCGACGGCUUCCCGCGCACUAUUCCUCAAGCCGAAUCUUUGCACAAGUUCGAGAAACUCGAUGUGUGCAUCAAUCUCGACGUUCCGGAAAAGGAAAUCAUGGAUCGUAUUCAAGGACGCUGGUAUCAUCCUGGCAGCGGACGGACCUAUCAUUUGCAGUUCAGUCCUCCGAAAAUCGAGGGCAAGGAUGACGUGACUGGCGAACCACUCGAGCAGAGGCCCGACGAUAAGCCCGAGACUGUCAGAGCUCGUUUGGACACUUACAGGAACCAAACCGCCCCGGUCUUGAGCUUCUACCGUGAGAAAAAUCUGCUGCAGGAAUUCUCGGGGACGAAGUCAAAGGAGAUUUACCCGAAAGUCAAAGAAUACUUGACAAAAUUGAGACCAGUGACGAAACCGUCUUAAAUGGACAAUAAUUGAGCCUCUCUGUUUUUCUUAAACAACUGAUUCUAUUUUUUACGAAAAUAAAUGAAUAUUCUUACUUA